GGAUUUGAAAUACGUAGAAUACCAGUUAAAGCUCUCAUUAUAUUUUCACAAAUUAUCAAACUGAGUUUAUAAGAUUUCAAAUUAUAACAUUUAAAAACAUUUUAAUUUGAUCGAAUUCAAUUUAAGUGAUAGAUACUUAAUAAAAUUGAAUUCUCUAAUUGAAAACAAACAUUUUACAAUACUUCUUGACAAUAUGUUUUUUUCAUUAACUAGCAAUAUUAACUCAACAUUUCCAUAAUAUAAGUAAUGUGUUAUUUUUUAAUUAGGAAUAAAUUCAAACGAUCGAAUUUUUUGAAAUAAUAGGACCCGUUGAUUAGUAUUUCCAAUUGCAAUGACUCACAUACCAUGAUAAUGCCUCCAAUUUCGAUAUAAGUCGUUGAUUUGAUUUUCUUAACACUAUUUUCAUUCAGACAGUCAUUUUUAUAGCCGCCAAACAUUUUUAUUCUACAGAGGUUGCCUCAUACGAAUGUCAGUUUUCAUAUGUGAAAACUUCUACGCCUUAAUUUAAACAUUAAGUUGGAAUUUCUGGAACCGUUGAUGAUAUUCAUAUUGAAUGUUCACGCUACACCAACACUCACAAUUACACUGACGCACGUUUCGAUAACCAAGUUAUCGUCUUCAGAGACUGAAGGUAAACUGUUUACCUUAAGUGUUGGUGUAAUGGUAAUGUAAACAAUGUAUUCAGUAUUUUGUAACUUGCUAAGACAAAUCUCUAAUUCUAAGAAGAGUACAAUUGCUUUACUUCCUUUCAAUCUCUCUCUUUGUUUAUUGUCGCACUACGUUUUUAUAAUGAAUAGUUUAGGGUACCAUAAAUAUGAAAUUCUUGCGUUGUCAAGACUUUAUUGGAAACAUGAGUUUGAAGCAGCCGCGGCAGCAAAAGGAAAACGUGAAAUUGAAGGUGAAGACACAGUUAAUGAGCGGGUUAAUAGCAGGUCUUUGGUUUAAUCGUUUUAAUAUUGGAAAUCUGAAGUUUACAGAUAUUGAUUAGCACUCCUUUGGACCUUCUAAAGAUACCAUACAUCGCUGUACUACAACAAAAUUAGAUAAGAUCUAUAACAGUUGUUGAAUAGUCCUUUUGUUGUUCUGCUGAAAGAUGAUUAUUCGAUUAGUCGCAUUGUUAUUUGCAAUGAAUUAUUAUAAUUUGAGAAGGUUCAUUAGGCAAGCUGAAAUGGUUAAAAAAUCAUAAUUUCGUCAAUUUGGCUAUGGGAAUCUUUCAGUGGUUACUUCGCAACUGCACAGCAAAUAACAAUUACAAGAAAAAAUCAAAAAAAAAAUAUAUUCUAGGCAACUUAAAUUUUUCUUUAUCUUCAAAUAUUAUUAUUUUUAGAAUUCCCAAAAAAUAUUCUUUGGGCAAUCUGAAAUUUAUGAGACGUAUUUAUUAAGUUACAUACCUACAAAUUACCAGACCAUAUCACCAGUUCUAAAUAAUUGCCAGAAGUUAAACGAAAUGACCGCUUACUCGCUAAAAGACUCCCAGGACAGGAUUCGCCAAUGGAGGCUUAGUUUGCUUCGAAAUAAUUCCAUAUCGCCGAAUUAUAAAUGCCGAGAUAUAUAGUGGAGAGCUGAGGCAAUUAUAUGAGGCUACUCUCCCUGAGAAAUAUUGUGACAUACAGAAGACAAUGCUGAACCAAGUUUCGCGGAAUAGGAACAAAGAACUUGGUGAUAUAGAUUUCCUACUGCAUCCAGCAUUUAGUCCGGAUCUUGCAUCAUAACAUUAAUAUUUGUUUAUUCAUAUCAAUGGCGAAAUUUUUGUGUGGGGAAAGCAUUUGAAGCCAGAGAAAAUGUAGUGCGACAAUUUUUUUGCAUCCGAACCCAAAGAAUGGUUUCACCGAAUCUAUGAAAAGUUGAAAUUACUUAUUUCAAUCAAGCAAAUGCUCAUAAUAUUAUCCAUCCAUAAGUUUUUUAAAAUAUACUGAACGCGAUCGGAACUCUCAAUAGAAGAAAUCCGAAGUUACCGUUGAAAAUGUUCGAUACUAUCUAUUCUUGAGAAUAUGUCUACGAAAUAUUCCAGAAAAAAGAUAAGCGCACUAUCUUGUUCAAUCAGAACACCUCUAUGCUGAAAUUAAUAUGUAACCAAGGGUACAAGCUAUUUUUCAUAGUAAUUAGGGUAUAAAAAUUAUCCAAUUUUAUUUCUAUUCGAAUUUCUUUGGAAUUUGUGAGGAAUAUAAAUCUGAAAUUUGUCAAACAUCAUAUAAAAGUAGUAAUCAAAAUAACAAUGUUACUAUUAAUCAAACUCAAAGAGCUACACAUUAUUGUUAAUAUAAAAAAUCCCCCCAAGUCAUGGAACUAUUGAAUUCAUUCCAAAUUGCAGACUCGUAUCGUAUAAUUUUUAAAACGACAAAGGCCUGAAACUGAAAGCAAUAAAAUAGAAGUUGGAAAACAAUAUAAUUCCUCGCGAAAUUACUUUCGAAAGUAAAUAAGAAAGUACAGAGUUCAAGUCUGUGUUUAUGUGUUCCUAGACAUCGUUUGAAAUCGCAAAAUGGCAUUUGCUGCAGCUAGAAUGAUCCUUAAGGAUAAGAGGAGGAAGCCGUCUAAAGAAGAAUAUGUACCAAUUAGGAAUAGAAGCAAGGCGCGAAGUGGAAGCGCUAGUAGCUAUAGAAGUCUAAGUCAGGCCCGAAAUAAACCCGCCGACGGUAGUGGUCAUAUUGCACAAAAACAAGCUGGUCAAAGAACCCCGACGCACGGACCUAAAAACACCGGGCCUAAAACACCUUGCAAACCUGGUCAAAAACCAGUGGUGGCACAGAAAGGACAACCCAUCAAACAAGCACCAGCUAAAGUCGCAGCAGCAGCUGUUACAAAAACUACAAAGAAAACUAAAAAAGGGAAACACCACCAACACGAUUUAAUAGUUACUAUUAAUUUGACAGAGUAUGGUCUAUCAGAAGACCAAGUGGCCGAAUUCAAAGAAGCGUUCAUGUUGUUCGACAAGGACGAAGAUGGGACAAUCACCGUGGCUGAGUUGGGAGUAGUAAUGAGAUCUUUAGGACAGCGACCGACUGAAACCGAAUUACGAGAUAUGGUAAACGAAGUGGACCAAGAUGGUAACGGUACCAUAGAAUUUAACGAGUUUUUGCAGAUGAUGUCUAAGAAGAUGAAGGAUGCUGACGGAGAGGAAGAAUUAAAAGAAGCAUUCAGGGUAUUCGAUAAAAAUAAUGAUGGAUUGAUAUCAUCAAAUGAACUGCGUCAUGUCAUGACAAGCCUAGGUGAAAGACUGUCUGAAGAAGAAGUCGAUGACAUGAUCAAAGAAGCUGAUCUUGACGGAGACGGUCAAGUUAAUUACGAAGAAUUCGUUACUAUCCUCACAUCAAAGAAAUAAAGAAAGACUGCAAGAAAAUGGUCCAAUUUUUUUUACAAGAUGAUAUUCCAUGAUGUCACUAUUGAUAAUGGAAGAAGUCUUCAAAUCUCUUCUUAUGUACUCAUAUUAUAGUAUAGCACAGCUUUAGAUCUUAUCAAUCUGCGUUUUAGAGAGGUAUAGCUAACCUUACAUUAAAGAACUGAUACUAUCUGCUGAAGAUUACAUGCAGUGUUAAUUUUAAGUAAGAAAUGAUUAAAAUUAAAAACGCCCACGCCAAAUGUCCACUUUUAAUAUUUCUCAAUAUACAUUGUCAAAGAUUUGUAGUUUAAAUAUACUCUAAUACAUAGAAACACCCUCUAAUAAUAAUUUUAUUUCAUUAAUCGUAAGAGGGGAAUUUAAGAUUUCAAGCAUUAGCUUCUAUUCGAAGCUCCACGAUUUCUUCCACAUUCCUUAACGAAUCUGGUGAUUGAUAUUUUUCUGAGGAAUCUCAUUCUAUGUCACUUCUGUCUCAUAUCCAUCAGAGCCAUCGGUGUUUUAUGAAGAUACUGUGAAAAUGGUUAUGAUUAUGUAUCACACAUGAGGCUGGAUAAAAAUUUUGGUGACCAAGGUUGAAAGUGAAUUUGAACUUGGUGUAGUAGCUCAAGGCUUUUCUGGUUAUAUUUGGUAUCUCAUUGAAAUGUUUGAUAUUGAAGUAUCCAGAUGCUAAAAAAAGUAGAAGGUGACGUUGGACUCGUCUGCUUUUUUCCUUCGAUCCACCAUCAUGCAUGUCUGACGAUCAUCCUUUUCUGAUUUCACGCUAGUGUUUUUUUCUUCGAUGCUCGAUGAGUUAGAGGUAAUAACAAUUGAUGUAGCGUGUUAUCAAUAGCUGGCAAACAUGAUGUGAAAAAUUCAGAUUGUUCAACAGCCUGAUGACGCAGAAAUUCCAAAAUAUGUCUUUUUGUCUCCAUAGCUUAUACAAAAAAUCACUACUUCCAUUUGUUAUAUUUCUAGUUCAAAUACAGAUGGUUCACAUUUUGUGUCAAGUUAAGUUCCAAAUACAUGUUGACGUAGAAAAUUCAUAUAGUCUUGCACAUAUUGACUCCCGUAUCUCGUACAACAUCUAAUUGUUAUGUCUUCUCUCAAAAAAAUAGACAAAACCGAUGACACUGUAAUAUAUAUUUUGACUAAUCUUCAGCUUAAUCCACAUACUUUAAAACUACUUCUUGCACAAAAAUUUUGUAAAGUAAUGAGCUCAAUACAAAAAUAUUACAUUGUUGAUUUUGUAACGAUGGCAUGGCAAAUCUGCAUUUAUUGUUGUUUUAGAUCCAUAAGUUGUAGAGAACAAUGGCUAACAAAGAACAACAUAUUUUUUUGUCAAAAAUCGAUUUUACUCAUCAAUGUAAUCUCCUUCAAGAGCAAUACAAUCAUUCCAACGCUUCCCUAACUUCUCGAUGCCGUGCUUGUAGAAGAGUUUAUCUUUUGCCUCAAAAUAGGCUUCAGUUCUAGCGAUUGCUUCUUCAUUUGAGCAAAUUUUUUUACCAGCGAGCAUUUUUUAGAGAUCAGAGAAUAGCCAGUAGUCACUGGAGGCUAGAUCUGGAUUAUAUGGUGAAUUAGGAAGCAAUUCUAACUAUUAUUCGUUCAAUUUAACCAUCGACUUAUGAAUCGGUGCAUUGUCCUGGUGAAACAGUGAUUUUUCCUUCAACAUAUGAGGCCGUUUUUCCUUGAUUUUUGCAUUCAAUCGAUCCAAAAACUCUAUGUAGUAUUCGCUAUUGAUUGUCUCUCCCUUUUGAACAUAGUCAAUGAACAAUAUUCCAUGCGCAUCCCAAAAUACUGAAGCCAUAACCUUCCCACCUAACUGUUGUGCAUUUGGACGCUUCGGACGUGGUUCACUGGCUGCAGUUCACUGAGAUGAUGAUCGUUUUGAUUCAGGAGGGAAGUGAUGGAUCCAUGUUUCAUCUAUUGUCAUAUAUCGAUGAAAAAAGUAAACAAGGUCAAACACUGCUAUGAAUCAUCAACACGUUGUGGUUUUUGGUCGACUGUGACGCGUCACCCACUUUGAAAAAAGCUUUCUCAUUGUCAAAUAUUCAUGCAUAAUUGUAAAUAUACUGCCUUCUGAUAUCUUUCGGCCUCAGAUAUCUCAGGCAAUUUCAAUUUACGAUUAGAUGUAACCAAUUUGUGGAUUUUUUUAUGGAGUUAAAACCUCAAAUGGACCACCAGAAGGUUCACCAUCAUCAGCGUCAGUACGACCACUCUUAAAAUCAGUUUUUUUCGAUGGAGCAUAGCCCAGGUAAAACUUUUAAAGCUAUUGCUAAGCUUAUACAUUUUUUUUAUUAUUUCAUCAAGGAACAAUGAUAAAUUAACACACGAAAUUGUUUUGAAUUCAUUGAUUUUAAAAUUACAAAAGUAGCUUUACGACUAAUCUAAAUGUCGUUUUACACUUUUGAAAGUUGGUACUUAAACGUCUCAUGGGUUUGACCAUGACAACACCAUCUGAGUGUCAAUCACACGACUUAUUGAGUGAUGUUAUAUUUUUUCUCCAAAAUAUUUCUCCAAAAUUACUUGGACAUAUUCCCUUAAAUAACAGACAAACAAUGUGGUGUCAGCAAGACACCACAACACAAAUUUCUUUUGUGGUGUUUAUUGAAGGUAUAGUUUAUAUCACAUCCCCGACUGUUUUAAAAAAUUGGGAGAAUAAAACUAGACAGGGUUGUCAGACCGUAAUAUCCGAAAAUAUUGGAGAAACAAAUAUAAGAAUCCUUCUCACUGGUAUUGAACAUCUUAAACUUUUCAAUUGCCCACAUUAUUAUUAAUGUAAUGAUGACAGGUGUCGUUUCGUUGAAUCUAUUUUAGAAAAAAAUGUCAAAUCAUCUAAUCACGUAGCUAGAAAUUAUAGGGAAAACGGGAGACAUCCUACAAAUAUUAUAAAUGUGACUGUAAGUUUUCACGCGAAAACUACUUAAUCUAUCAACAAGGAAGGAAUUUUGUACACAAAUCCUUGGAUGUAUAAGAAAUAACGCCAUCUAGAAUUCCAGUAAUGAAGUUCCAACCCUGAGUACUGUAAUGCCGUUGCAGUGUAUUACCGACGUUCACAUCAAUAUCCAAUCCAAUUGACUUUAGUUUCAGCUGUUUGGAAUUUUUCUAUAUUUAUUGUUAUUUUUUUUUCUAUCAUUAUAUAUUCAGUAUAAAACUUUUUGAAUUUUUGAGGUUAGGUGUCAUUUUUAUGGCAAGAUGCUAUUCAUUAUGAUUCCAAUUAUUCACAGUCUGUUCAAAAGAGUUCAAGUUCAAGUUUAGCUUUGCUGUUACUAUAAACAAAGCACAAAGGAAGUUAUUACAGGUAGCGGUAGUGCAUUUAGAAUAACCAUGCUUCUCUCAUAGUCAAAUAUAUGUAAUCCGUUCGCUUGUGUUUAAUGCCCGGAAUUCACAUAACCAAAGUGGGGCUACUUUGCACAAAAUGUUUUUUUUUUAAUAUCUAUGGUUCUGCAAGGAAUUAUAAAGCCCGCUUUAACUAUAUGAAAAUUUGAUACUUUGGCUACUUAGUUUUGUAAUUAGAUAGCAUAAAAAAAAUAAAAACCAAAUUUUUUAAAAGUUUGAAAAGUUGGCAAAGUUACCUCGACUUUUGGGUUACUUUGCCGAUUGGCAUUUUUGCACGUUUUUAAGCGUAUAGGCCAAAUUAACAGUCUCGAAUGGUAACUUCGGCCUCCUUUAAUUUGUUUCAAAAAAAUAUCGAUAUUAAAAAAACAAAAAUUGCUCUGUGAUUUUAGACUUAAAAACUUUACAUUACAGCAGCCUUUCUUUGUCAAUAACUUGUGCAACAAAAUGCUUGUAUUGGUUUUUCCCUAAAAGUGCUACAAGUAGAAAAUCGGAAUUUUUAAUUCCAGUAUUGACUUCAUCUAAUUCUAAACUGUCCUUAGAUUCACUUUCCAUGGUCCAGUCAUAUUCUUCAGUUUCUUUAUCACGUUUCUUCUCUUUUGGAAUACUUGUCGUGAAAUCCUCGCAACUGAUUUUCCAGGUUCAUUUCUUAUCAUUUUCUUUCUCUUUGAGGUGCUUUCUUUUGAAGGAACUCUAUUUUUCUUAAGGAAAUCAAGGUCUUACUAAUAUCAGUCUUGGUUCUAUCAAAUCUUUUAUUAGGCAUUCUAUUAAGAACCUCCUCACUGUUACAUGAGUGUAUUCUCGUUUUUCUGAAUCCAUUUUGAAUGAUUUAUUCGUCUUCUACUUUUAUUUCUUCAAUGAGCUUUUUCAUUAAAUGUGGAAAAGUGCUUUUGUCUCGUGAAUCUUUGGUUUAGUAGGUUGUUAUAUACGACGCCAAACUACCUUCAAGGGUUUAAAGAAGCUCACAUCGAAAGAUUGUGUCAAGUGUGUUGGAUUUUAGGAUAAAAAGAUAAAUCUAUUAUUGUUUCUAAAUCUAUUCUUGUUUCUUUGACACUUUCUGAUGAUUGAUAUGUUCAAAUGAUCCGAUAGAUUAUUUCCGAUUAGAACUUUCGGUCCAUCAAUUUUUUUGAUCAAUGGUAAAACCAUUUGUGUAAACCAAUCCUCAAAUGCGUACUGGUCAAACCAUCCAGAUUUGGUCCCCCGAUACACCAGAAAACAAAUAAUCUCUCCGCCUUAUACAUAACAUAUUGGGCAAACAAGUCAGAUUAGUUUCGUCGUAGUUAACGAUGGAACCAGGUGGAAUUCCUGCCACGUAUCUUUCUAAAUUAUCAAAGUAAUUGUUCAUUUCCUCAUUUGUUUUCUCAGUCCUUGCUGUCUGUUGGAUAAUUCAUGCUUGUGUCUAUGAAUAAAAUUCUUGCACCAUUCUAUACCGGGAUUGUCUUUGAACUUCUUUAGGAGGACACCUUCUUUGUCUAAAUGACUAUUCAACACUACUCGCAAUUCUGUCUUGGUUAGGGAGAAGCCAUAUGCGGAGCUGGCUAUUCUAAAGUCGAAAAUGGACCGUUUAAUCUCCGGGAUCAUUAGCUGAGAUGCUCCAACAGGACCUU